AUGCCGCGGCAACCUCACCGCCGCUCAUCCGGCCCACCCGCCACCCCGCCUCGCAACCCCGCCUCGCACAAACACCGCGAGCCAAAGAUGGCCGUCCUCGCCGCCGCCAACCGCCUCCGCGACCAGGCCAACACCCCGGGACGCAACGUCUCGGGCACCCUCGGCCAGGCCCCGCUCGUCGUAGAGAGCCAGCGCUACGAGGAGUGGAUGAAGAUCGCGACCGACAACAAAAUCACGUCGACCAACACCUGGAACCUCGCCCUCAUCGACUACUUCCACGACAUGAGCCUCCUCCGCGACGGCGCCGACAACUCGAUCAACUUCCAGAAGGCGAGCUGCACCCUCGACGGCUGCGUCAAGAUCUGGACUUCCCGCGUCGACUCGGUCGCGACAGAGACGGGCAAGCUCCUCAGCGGCCUCGGCGACGACGCUCCUGGCGGCGGCGACGACAACGAGGACGGCGACGGCGACGAGGACGACGAGCGCCAGGAGAAGCGUGCCCGCAAGCGGGCCGCUCGCCAAGCCGCAACGCUCGCCGACGACUUCAGCAAGCUGCGCGUCAAGUCGUUCGACCUCGAGUUCACGGUCGACCCGCUGUUCAAGAAGACGUCGGCCGACUUUGACGAGGGCGGCGCCGGCGGCAUCCUCAUGAACCACCUCGCGUGCGACGGCACCAUGAAGGUCGUCUUUGACGCCGGCGACGCCAAGCUCGAGUGCGACGAGGAGGACGCCCUCGAAGAGCUCGACGAGGAGGACAAGGCGCGCCAACGUGCCCAGGACGAGGAGGACCGUGCCGAGAUCGACAUCUCCAAGCUCCAAGCUCGCUGCCUACCGAACGGCACCGACCCGCUGUCGCACAUGUCGCUCUGCCCCUCGCUGUCAGCCUUCCGCUUCUCGGCCGACGCCCAGCUCGACCUCGGCCUCCUCAACCUUCACGACGACUCGGACGGCGACGACCGCCGCUACGGCGCCGCAGCGGCGGGCCCGGACGCGCCCGUCGACGACGGCGACUUUGGCGGGUUCGACGCGGGCAUGCAGGACUUUGGCGGCGGGUUCGACGACGACAGCGAGGGCGGAGGAGGUGGUGGCGGCGGCGGCGCAGACGAUGCGGGCGAGGUCGACUUCUUCGCCGACCAGUUCGCGCCCGUCGCGUCCGGGUCCGGGGCGGGCGCCGGCGGCGCAGGAGGAGGAGGAGGCGGGUUCGGGUUCGGCGCCGUCGAGGCGUUCGACCCGCGACGGGCGGCCGACGAGCGCGACCUCGUCAUGGCCAUGGACGCCGGCGGCGGCGACGACGGCCUCCUGUUCGAGCACUUUGACGCCAAGCUCGGCAGGAACUGGGCCGGCCCCGAACACUGGAAGAUGAGGAGGGGCGUGGCGGCGGGCAAGCAGGCCGACGACGGCGCGGCGCCCGCACCUCGCGUCAAGAAGGACAAGGUCGCCUUCUCGCUCGACUUCUCGGGCGAGCCUCCCGUCCCGAUCAAGGAGCUCUUUGCCGCCGCCGCGCCCAAGUCGUCCAUCACGACCGCCGCGACCAAGGCGACGACGGCGGCCGGUCGGGCGCGCAAGUCGAGCCCGACGAGCGCCGACGACGACUUUACCCUCCCCGACGACUUUCACUUCAACAGCCAGAACCUCCUGCGUCUGUUCCUGAAGCCCAAGACGACGCUCAAGAUGCGCCGCCGUGGCGGCGUCCAGCCCCAGCUCGGCCUCGACGGCGCCGAGGGCGACGUCCAGUUCUGGGCGCAGGCGGGUGCGGGUGGGGCGGGAGGGCCGGGCGGCGAGGACGGGUACGGGGGAGGGAUGGACACGAUCGACUUUCCGGGCGACUUUGGCGGCGGCGGCGGCGACGACGACGGCGACGACUUCCCUCCUCCGUUCGACACUCAGUGGCUCGCCGAGGACACGCCCGACGCGCACGGCGCCAACGGCUCUGGGCCCGGCGGCGCCGACGACGACGAGGAGAUGGACGACCUGCACGCGGCGACGCAGGGCCAGCUGCGGCGCGUCCGGCCCGAGAUGGUCAGCUACGCCAAGCGCGCAAAGCGGGUCGACGUCAAGAAGCUCAAGGACUCGAUCUGGAGGGAACUCGAGGAGGUCGUCAUCCCCGUCAAGCAGUUCCCCUCGUCGCACGCCUACGACGCUCCUGCACCACCGGCCGACGACGCCGACCCUUCUGCCGACACCGCCGCCGCCGCCCGCAAGCCCAAGCCGCCGCGGCGCAAGCGCGAGGCCCUCAUCCCCGUCGUGUCGCGCCUGCGCGCCCAGUACCCCAAGGACAAGAUGGACGAGAUCUCGACGUCGUACAUGUUCAUCUGCCUGCUCCACCUCGCCAACGAGAAGGGCCUGCGCAUCCAGGUGCCCAAGGGCGACGACGACGACGAGCUGCGCAAGGUCGUCGGCGGGCUCGAGGGCCUCAGGGUGCUCAAGGAGGUGGCGUGAGCGGGUUCGCGGUUCCUCUCUCUCUUCCUCUCUCAUGUCCCUCUUUCGUCUUUCUCUCGUCGCGUCGUCUGUAGUUCUCCACUUGUCGAGCCCUCUCUCUUGCGCGCUCCCGACCUGCCAAGUCAGCCUCUUUGCACUUU